GGUAUAUACAACUAUAAAAUAUGCACCUCCGGAUUUAGAUGCUACAUAUCAGUCAUUCUAUCAGACCUAUCAGAGAAAAAGAUGGCACUUGAACUGUAUACAGAUCCACGCCUUCCUUGUCCCCAACGAGUCCACUUGGUAGUGUUGGAGCUCAGCCUGGAUGUUACUGUCCACAGAAUCUCUCUUGAAGAGAGACAGAACAAGGAGCAAGACUACACUAAUCUCAAUCCUUUCGCCACCCUGCCCUGCCUGAAAGACUCCUCUCAUGAUCCGCCGCUCGUUGUCUACGAAUCCAGGGCCAUUGCACGUUAUCUAGCCGCUCGUUACGGGCCCCAUUUGCUACCUAAUCCUGAAGAUUUCUCAGCUAUAGCCAGGUUCGAGCAAGCAGCAAGCACAGAGGUAGCCACGUUUGAUCCGGUCGCGAAUCGGCUUGUCUUUGAAAUGAUCUUCAAGCAGUAUUUCAAGCCGAACGACCCGUUGCCCGACAGUAAGCUGGUUGAAGAACUACGGUCAAGGCUUGACGAGAUCCUGAAUGUUUUGGAUAUUAUUCUAGGAAGGCAGACCUACAUGGCUGGAGAGAAUUUGACUGUUGUAGACCUGUUUUACAUGCCAUAUAUCCACCAUCUGCAUGAGACAGUAUGGCCGGGAUUCCUAAAUGCGAAAAAGAAUAUAGCAAGGUGGUGGGAGAACCUAAAGGAGAGGGAGUCUUAUAGGGCAUUAAACAGCUCUUGAUUCCGCAGGUGUCACAUUUAUACAGCAGUUUAGAUAUUUUACUGCGUCUGUGACAAUCAAAUUACAAGAUAUGUCCCGUCAUACAAACAAUGGCGUCGUUAUGGGAUCCAGAAUAGCUAGAUGCCUUAGAUUCCCCGUACAGGUAUAUUGUCCUUUGGGAGGCCUUUAUCUUUCCAGGAAGGUGUUUUAAGACUGAGUUAAAUAACGGGGACGAUAUGUGGUACUCGAAUAUCACGUAGUUUAGUGUAGUGCUUUUGGGGAGAUGAUUA